CCUCGCCCCUUGGCACCCCGGACUCUCCCCCUCCCUCGGCAGCCUUGCAGCCCCCAACCACCAAGGUGCCUGGGCGGCGGUCCCGAGAGGAGCUCCAGCCGGCGGAGCACUUCUCCGCGCGGCGACGACUCCAGAAAUCUUAAUGAAGUAGCUCACUGUGGAAGAAUCUGGACCCCUAGAUAAAAAUGGCUUUCCAUGUGGAAGGACUGAUUGCUAUCAUCGUGUUCUACCUUCUAAUAUUGCUGGUUGGAAUAUGGGCUGCCUGGAGAACCAAAAACAGUGGCAGCUCAGAAGAGCGCAGCGAGGCCAUCAUAGUUGGUGGCCGAGACAUUGGUCUGCUGGUGGGUGGAUUUACCAUGACAGCCACCUGGGUCGGAGGAGGUUACAUCAACGGGACAGCUGAAGCAGUGUAUGUACCAGACUAUGGUCUAGCUUGGGCUCAGGCACCAAUUGGAUAUUCUCUUAGUCUGAUUUUAGGUGGUUUGUUCUUUGCAAAGCCUAUGCGUUCCAAAGGAUAUGUGACUAUGUUAGACCCGUUUCAGCAGAUCUAUGGAAAGCGCAUGGGUGGGCUCCUAUUUAUUCCUGCGCUAAUGGGAGAAAUGUUUUGGGCUGCAGCCAUUUUCUCCGCCUUAGGAGCCACCAUCAGCGUGAUCAUUGACGUUGAUGUGCAAGCUUCUGUCAUUGUUUCUGCGCUCAUUGCCACUCUCUACACGCUGGUGGGCGGUCUGUACUCCGUGGCCUACACGGAUGUAGUUCAGCUUUUCUGCAUCUUCAUAGGCCUGUGGAUCAGCGUCCCCUUCGCCCUGUCACAUUCUGCAGUUGCUGACAUUGGGUACACUGCUCUGCACACCAAAUACCAAAAGCCUUGGCUGGGGACCAUUGAAUCAUUUGAAAUCUACACUUGGCUUGAUAGUUUUCUGUUGUUGAUGCUGGGUGGAAUCCCAUGGCAAGCCUACUUCCAGAGGGUCCUCUCUUCAUCCUCAGCCACCUAUGCUCAAGUGUUGUCAUUCCUGGCAGCUUUUGGGUGCCUGGUGAUGGCUUUACCAGCCAUACUCAUUGGGGCCAUUGGAGCAUCAACAGACUGGAACCAGACUACAUAUAAGCCUCUAGAUCCCAAGGACAACGAUGAAGCAGACAUGAUUUUACCAAUUGUUCUGAAGUACCUCUGCCCUGUGUACAUCUCUUUCUUUGGUCUUGGUGCAGUUUCUGCUGCUGUUAUGUCAUCAGCAGAUUCUUCUAUCUUGUCAGCAAGUUCCAUGUUUGCCCGGAACAUCUACCAGCUUUCAUUCAGACAAAAUGCAUCAGACAAGGAAAUCAUCUGGGUUAUGCGAAUCACAGUGUUUGUGUUUGGAGCUUCUGCCACAGCCAUGGCCUUGCUGACGAAGACUGUGUAUGGGCUCUGGUACCUCAGCUCAGACCUCGUUUACAUCAUCAUCUUCCCGCAGCUGCUCUGUGUGCUCUUCGUCAAGGGAACCAACACGUAUGGGGCUGUGGCAGGUUAUGUGUCUGGCCUUUUCUUGAGAAUAACUGGUGGGGAGCCAUAUCUGUACCUGCAGCCUUUGAUCUUUUAUCCUGGUUAUUACCCUGAUAAGAAUGGCAUAUAUAAUCAGAGAUUCCCAUUUAAAACCCUUUCCAUGGUUACCUCAUUCUUAUCCAACAUUUGCAUCUCCUAUCUAGCCAAAUAUCUAUUUGAGAGUGGAAGCUUGCCACCCAAAUUAGAUGUGUUUGAUGCUGUUGUUGCAAGGCACAGUGAAGAAAACAUGGAUAAGACAAUUCUGGUCAAAAAUGAAAAUAUUAAAUUAGAUGAACUUGCACCUGUGAAGCCCCGACAGAGCAUAACUCUCAGCUCAACUUUUACCAAUAAGGAGGCCUUCCUCAACAUUGAUUCAAGUCCAGAAGGGUCUGGGACUGAAGAUAACUCCUAAUGACCCCAUCCACAUAAAAUACUGCUUUCACAAACAGAGUGUUAUAGCAGGCUAGUCCAGGAAAGAUGGGUUGCAUCAUAUAAAAAAUAUACUUAAAAAAUAAACAGCAUUCAGGUGGAUAAAAAUCCAUAUAAAAGUACAGUUGCACAAAUGCAAGCCAAGUUAGAAGGAAUCAUGUAUGAAAGCAACAGAUUGCUUUCUCAUUGGUAUUUCUCAUCCUCGUUUGACUCUGACUCUAGAUAUUUUUGUUAAAUAUGCAAAAGUGAAUUAAGCCCCACUCAAAGAACAGAGGGUUAUUUAUCUUUAUUCAGAAAAAAGAAGUAGGUAUGAAACAGCCAAGGAAAUUCAGUAGACUUGCUCUAGACCUUGUCUGCUAAUGCACUAGUGGGUCUGGUUUAUUUUCAUGAUGAAGUUCAGAGAGUAACUUGCCAUCACUCAGAUGAAUGGUGCAAGAAAUUAAUGGGUGAUUGUCCUGGUGUCCUGAUGGUUAACCUAUUCUUGCAUCUUCUGAACUAGAACAUUUGCUGAAUAUGCAAUUUGUUUCUCUUUGUAGUGACACACAUUAUUCUGAGCACAGGCAAAGCAAACACAUAUGCAAAAUACUGUGUCGUGGAAUUUCUUUAUGCACAAGGUAAUAGGAAAAGUAGAAUCCAUCUUUGUAGAGGAGCACUGGCUCCUCUGAGUGUGCCCAACAGCUACCAUGUGUAUUGAGAAGCAUACCGAGAGUAUGGAAGGCAUUAUAUUAGACAACCUUAAAGCAAUAAAUCAAAAAGGCCAUUAAGCAGAAAGUGACAAGAGCAGGUUUUUGUCUUCAUCUGAAGUUUAUAAAGUUUUGCUUCAUGAUAAAAGAAGUAGUGUCCCAUAUUACUAUCUAAAUUGGUACUGGAAGUGACAUUGAGCCUUAUCUAAGGUGAGAUAACAGUAUAGCGCCAAUGAAGAUUAAUGAGAGACAAAUGGCACCUCCUGAUAAAACUAGAAAAAUAAAACCCUCUCAAUUUUGGAUAUUCAUUAGUGAAGAUGAUUUAAUGUUAAGAGAGUGACUCUGUGGCACUUUUUGCAAAAGCCAGUCUUAGGUACUAGACAAAUCAUCACUACAAAAAGUAGACAGUGAAUUUUAAGAUGCAGAUGAAAGAAGAAAAUAAAAAUAAGUCCUAAAGGGAAAAAGCCAUCAAUUUUAACAUUUGGUGUCCACAUAACUUUCAUGAGGUUAGUCAUUAAAUAUUAUUUUGCUCCUUUUCUGGAGUUAAAAAA